UGUUUCACCUCAGUAUCGCGGACCGCUGUUCUCCCUACACAUCUUCCCUUUGCUGCACUCACUUUCAAUUUCGUUCAUCUUAACAUAAUUCCAGAUUCUACAGCCUCUGCCUGACAGUUGCUAGGAGAGCUCUGUCAUCCCCAAACAACAACCAAGACAACAACAGCAGCAUCAUGUGACAAGGGACUCAGUUUUAGCUGUUGUGUCACUCCUUCCUGCGCGGAGCAGUAGUCGUGGUGGUGGUGAUGCUCGCAGGCAGCCCCACCUUACUGCGCCUCUGCUCCGUCAGGCAUUGCACGCUUCAGCACCGAACCUGCAGCGGCCAGAGGAGGACAUAGUGAUCACAGUGACAGAAGUGUGUGAUGAAGCAGUGAAGGACGAGAAGGAGAGUGAGAGUUCCAGUGAAGAGUUUAGAUGUACAGAAGUAACCUCCAAGAUGUCCAGUAGAAUAGCAGCCAUCAAUAGGAGUCGCACAGCCUCACGGGAGGCGACUCCUUCACCUUCCCAGGCGGUGUCACGUGUCCCAUCUCACGAUGACCUGAACAGGGAGACAAUAAUCAUCAACCCAGUGCAAGUUGCUCUUCCAAGCCACCCUCUUUCCCUUGAGAAUUCCAUUAACUCCAGCCUGCAGGAGCCCAGCAGACGAAGAAGUGAUCCACAACAAUGGAGAGGCUCGUCCAGCAACCUCACCUCCUCAGACUCAGACACGCCAGACUCAGGUCAGGCUACAGAUUCCCCCCUCACUGGCACAGUUCCCACUAUGGACUUCAAUUCGAAUAGCGAAGAUGCUGCCCCUCUCUACCGCAUGCCCAUUGUUGGAUAUGAAGUGCUGGAGGAGAGGGCACGAUUCACGAUUUUCAAGAUUCAAGUGUUCCACCAGCCCUCUGGAGAACACUGGUUUGUGUUCCGUCGCUACACAGACUUUGUUCGUCUCAACAAAUCGCUGAGGAAGGAGUUCCCAGGAGUGCGAUUUGCUCUUCCACCUAAGAGAUGGUUUGGAGACAACUUUGAUCCUGUUUUCCUGGAGGAUCGGCAGCUGGGUUUGCAGGCUUUCAUAAACAAUAUCAUAGGGCACACUGUCAUCCGAUCGAAGAAAUUUGUUAGAGACUUUUUCUGCCUUGACAACCCCAUGGGGCCUCAUGAAUCACUGGAGGAGAGUCGGGCUCUCUGCCAGACCCUGGAGGACACUGUGUCAGAUCUGCAGGACCGCCUCAGGGAGAAGGAAGGUGAACUGGCAGUACUGCGUACACAAGUCAACUUCCUCCUGGUACAGCAGCAGACCUUGGUGAAAGCUCUCAGACUGGAGUGUGACCUGAAGAGCCCUGUGCCACCAGAGAGAGGCUCCUCCCAUGAUCUCAACUUGGCCCUUCUUAACAUAUGUGAAAGGACUCUUGAUGGAGGCAUCAGAAAUGGCAAGCUGAAGCUCACUGACAGGAAUGGAGCAAAUGGCACCCCCCAGGAUGUCAGCCCAGUCCAGUGUCUGAAGGUCACUACCAUAGCGGAAACACCUCUUCGCAGGACACUAGAGAAGGCCUUCAUGCCCAGAUCUUGCUCCCACAACACCCUCUCUCCUACACAUAAUUUGAACAGGGCUGCCAAGGCACUGUUUGCAACAGAGGGUGAGGGAGGAGCCAGCCGAUAGAUGCAGGUGCUGCGCAGCUGGGAACCUGGAUCUCUGAGCCUGACAAGAAUAGGAAUUCUUGAUAGCCUAGUGAUGAGAGCUGCUGUGAGGGUGUCUCCAGCAGCUGUUUUCAUUGCAGAUCCACUGAGGUUCACAUUUGAGAGAGGAGGCAUUGGAGUGCUAUCAAAUUCAGUAUAGAGUGCAUUUUAUGUCUUUGUUGGCAAAUUAUCCACCUGAUACAUGUUUUCACGUCCAAACAUGGAGUAUGUAGGGGAGUUGGGCACAUGUUUAUCUGUUUCCAGCCAUACAGAACACAAAACUUAACCAGUCUGCUCAAAACUAGUAUGUUUGUGUUGACAUCCUGACAAGUUGGGUUUCAGAAUUUUAGAAUAUGUAUUUUUGUACGCUUAAGGUUGUAUGUAUUCCUGGAGAUACCUUGAAAGUCUUGGUGUGAAUUGAGAGUGAUAAGAGGGUUAGUCUUUGACAAAAAUGAUAAGAUUGCCAUGUUCUGUAUAUGCAAAGUCUGGUCUCAGACAUGAAAUCCUUACUUGAUUCAUCUACAGAAAGGGGUCUCCUUAUACCUUUCCAAUUUGGAUAUUUAGCCAUUGAUUUUCUGUCAUGAUUAUUUCAGUUUUGAUAGUAAUCAUUAUCUUAUUCAUUGUUUAUUCUUAAGGAACUGAAAAAAAAAAAACAUCAGGAAUCUGAUUUCUUUUUUUUCUGUUUGUCUAGUCACUGCAGUCCUGAAAGAAUUUACCGGCAAGGAUGACUCCUUAACUUAGACUUGAUAUUAUCUUGUAAUAUUACUUGGCUUUUAUGGUUACUUAUGAAAUUUCCCAGCAAUAUGCAACACAGUUCAUUCUUAUGAAUUCUUUAUUAAGUUCUCUAGGUAUCACAAUUAUUGUUAGUUUUCAUCAAUACAAAGUUUCUUUUACAUAUUAUUCCCUAGACUGAUAUUUAGUGCUUAAACUUUCUUCUUUAGUUUAUUAUUAAGCUACUAAAGUACCACAUGCUAUGCUGAUAUAUCAUAUGAACUAAUAUUUGUAUAAUUUUUGAUGUGGAGGAUCAUUUGCAUUUGUACAUGCAUUAAUCAUUUUCAUUUUGAUGUAAGAGAAAGAGCUUGAUUUUUUUUCUUAAAAGCUCACUAUUCAUACUUCCACUUUUUAAGGGAAUAGGAGCAAGGAGAAACAGGGAUGAUGGUUUGGACAGGUACAUCAACUCUAGGGUAUUACUUUGUUACCAUUCCUCCCUAGACUGUCCACAUACCAGUUUCAUAUUUCUCUCACCUACCAGAAUUACUGAGUUGUGAGAGAAUGCUGAGAGAAAAGACAUAUAUUGUACUUAAAGUCAUAAUUAAAUAAAACUUGUUGCUGGUCGCAUUUUAGUCAUGAGUGAGACAAUCAGAUGCUCAGCUUUGUGUGCUUGCCAGAUUAUUGGGAGUUUUAAAGUUUUGUUUAUUUUGGUCUCAGUUUUUGCAUGGAGUGAGCAACGUCUGUCAUUACUUGUAUGUGACUUCCGUCUUAACACCCAGACUUUCAUAACAGUGAUGCAUGCCAAGUAUUACAAUGCCAUGCAUGAUAUCAUACAGUUAUGUCCCAUAAGAGGCUCAAGUGACACUAAAAGAUAUCGUGGUCCUAAAUGUCUCACACUUCCAUGGUUGUAAAAGCAUUAACUACUACAAUUAAAUCCUAGUGUCAUUUUGGUGCUUAGAAUUUCUUCUCCCCACUAGUGUCUCUUCUUCAUAUUUUGUUGCACUAUUAUAAUUGGGUGAAGGCUUGGUUGCUUGAGGAUGCCUGCCUUUCAGUUUCUGAUUGUUGAUCAGUUCACUUCAGGGAGCCCAGCAAUAAUGAUAUGCAACUAAGAACAGCCAGUAACAGUAACAUUGUCUUUCCUAAAACUUUAAAUAUACUCUAAUAAGUAAGAAGACUUUUAUACACGAUAUUAUAAUUAUACUUAAGUUAGAGUGAGAGUCUUACAUGAAGCAUUUAUAUAAUUAUGCAUAAGUGCACUUAUGUAUAUCCCAUCACAUUAUCUUGUGAAUUACAUGAAACCAUCUUUGUGUUGCUAGUAUUGUCUGUGCUUAGAACUUAUAAAGGUUGUAGUGAUUAAAGGCAGAAGAUUGCUGCCUUUAUUCACCAGUUGUCAUUGGUUUGAAGUUUAUGGUUAAUAACUUUAUACUAACUUUGGUGCCAAGACCAGCAGCUGUUAUGUAUAUUUCAUGUUUGUGCUGCAUUCUUUUGAGUGUUGUUUCUUUUGACAUCUUCACCAUGUGUUGUCAGAUUGUCUGUGUUGUGUGGUGCUUGUGUAAGGCAUCAGUACAAAUCUAGAAACAAGUUUUAAUCUGGUCAGUAUCUAACAGAGUCAUUGGCACCAGUAGAUUUUAUUUAUCUAUUUUUUUAAAGAACCACUGUUGAAAGCUUUGGCAUGUGAUGUUUAUACUGACUGAUAUAUGUAUGUCAGAAGUGAUACUCAAUUGUUUCAGUGUUAGACUAACUUUACUUUCUAUUUUUCUUCUUUCUUUUUUGAAUGGGGUUUCUUGUGAUGAUACAUACCUGCAGCACAAUAUUGUGUAGAGAUAGUACAAGCCAAGGAAAAGAUUGAGUGUUGCUGACUGGAACACUACAAUGUUUUAUAAAGGCCAGUAAGGUCUUGUACAUGUUUCUGUGAUGUGAGUGUGGUUUGUGAACUGGUGCAACAUUGUUCCCUUACAGAAGCUUAGUUAGAGUUCCAUGGGACAUUAUAGUAAUUUAUAAAGCUAAGUCUCUUAUUAAUGCUGCUGGUCCCCAUCUGAGGUGUUUAGAUAAAGGAUUCAUGGAGCAGUUAUGAUAUGUAUGGGCAGAUACAGCAAAUGUGUAUUUCUCUCUCUCUCUCUCUCUCUCUCUCUCUCUCUCUCUCUCUCUCUCUCUCUCUCUCUCUCUCUCUCUCUCUCUCUCUCUCUCUCUCUCUCUCUCUCUCUCUCUCUCUCUCUCUCUCUCUCUCUCUCUCUCUCUCUCUCUCUCUCUCUCUCUCUCUCUCUCUCUCUCCUCUCUCUCUCUCUCUCUCUCUCUCUCUCUCUCUCUCUCUCUCUCUCUCUCUCUCUCUCUCUCUCUCUCUCUCUCUCUCUCUCUCUCUCUCAUAUUUUUCAGCACAUUUACCACUGUGAUAGAUUACUGGAGUAUUUCCAGUGAACUUUCCUUGUGUACAAUAGUGAUACAUAGCAGUUUUUUCCUUCUAGUAGCCCUGCUGUGCUGUGAGAUGAAAAGAUACAUCUGGCUCACCUGUGCCUUAAUGCUAAGCAAGUUCCUUUGAAAUCAUGAUAACCAUUGGUGUUGAAAUAUUUUCUUUCUUUGUCCCUCUCUUUCCACUGGAGCAGGUGGUGUUUGUUAUGAGUGUUUUGUUUCAUUAUCUGUGGUAGAUCAGAAUAGUUGCUUUAUUUUGUUGUUUGUAGGUAUUCUUGAGAAUCCAAUAUAUGGGGUGUCAUGGUACAUCAGAAGAGGGUUUUUUGCACUGCCACCAUAUCAGACUUAACUCUUUGUAACCUUUUUGUAUCGUAUAUGCAGAUUAAAGAUGUGGUGGUGUAUCGUCCAUUUUGACAUCUGUGUCAAAGUUUUCUGAAAGUGCUGCACCCAGAAGACUUCUUGUAGAUAGCAAUACAGUCUUUCAAGUUAAGCAUCUCAGAGUCUAAAGUAGAAAGGAACACCAAUAUACCAUUUGCAUAAUAAGAUGAUUGAGGUGUUGAACCCAGAGACUGUAUAUAGUGAGCAUCAUAAGGUCAUCUAUGGAGUGUCAUGGCUGUGGGGUGAUAAACAGCUUUUAAGGAAAUGUUGUCAUUCUUCGUCUUUUAAUGUAUUGGAUUCCCCUUGGCAUUUAUAUAUGUAAAAUUCAACCAUAUACUAUAUAAGUAAAUUCUAUAAGGCUCAUAAAAAAGAAGAUAAAAUGCUUUCUGAAAUUAUGUAUUACUUUGAAAAUAGAGCAUUGUGUGUGUAUAUAUGAGUGUUUGUGUGCAUGUGUUUGAGAGAGAGAGAAAGAGAGUGGGGGGUGGUUAUACCCAAGCAGAUGUACAUAUAAAACAUGUAGUUGAAAUAUGGAAAAUUGGAGUGUAUGCACAUAUCUAAUGAACUGCUACAUAACAUUAAGACAGAUUAUAUUAAAUGCCUGGUAUAGUAUAAGGAAUGAAUGAGAGAAUCACAUUUACCCAUCAGGCCAUCCGCCUUGCAUAGUCCAGUGGCUAGCAGCUGAUCUAGACAAUACCGAGAUUAUAAUGAAAUUGGAUCUCUCAUUCAUAUCACUAAGGUCCUGAAAUUAGAGGUGACCAAGCAGACAUGUUGCUUUAAGCUGAUUGGAGUGUACUUUUUCUUACAAAGGACAUAAACUUCACUACUCAUGUGUGCAUUGCAGUUCAUGCCACAUACAGUGAGUAACAGAUGACCAGCUACUCACACCAUUACAAUACAGUGCAUUUAGUGGUAGGUUAACGCAUGUUUGUCAUUCAAAUGUAGUCUAGUCAGAGGUGCCCAGAUGAUUCAGGUGAUAUGAAUGAGAGAGUCAUCUUCAUACCAAAGGAAUAUUUGCUUGCCUGCUUACUUACUCUUGAAAAGAAAAUUAUAUUGACAUUAUAUUAAUUCUGAAUGUAUUUUUAGAUGAUUUUUUCAGGUCAGUAUGGAUCUAUGAGUCAGAGAAGUUACAUAAAAGUGAGUGCAAGGCAUGGAGAGGCCAUUAUGCAAGCAAUAUUUAAGUUUUUUUUUCUUUUAUGAUACAUGUAUUAACUCUGAAAAUACUCCAUACUAUUUAUUAAAAUUAGUGAAAAGAGUUAUUACAAUGAAAGUUAAGUUUCAUGAAGUUGUUGAAUUACAGUAUUGUUGGAAAGUUAACUUGUAGUGUUGAAUGGGAAAUAUUGGCAUUUUUUUUUUUUUUCAUGGGAAAUAAAUUAUUUAACAAGUCUUGUUUGA